AGCAGCACCGACUUGGUUGGAUUCGAAUUGGCUAGAGUUAGAGUCUAGUGUGUUAGCAGCUUAAAAUUGUGACCGGACUCUUCGACGGUCUGCCAGUCAGUUAUCGACCGUAGAGCUAGCCGCACACAACACGGUUUCUGUCCUGCGAAGGGGAAAAUUCCUCCUCUAGAGAGUGCUAUCAACGUUUGGAAUUUUUCGCGCUAGGGGGUUUCAGUGAUUAAAUUCCAAAGUCCAUCAGAGUGAUAUAAGAGAAGAGAGUCUCAACAAAGUGGAAAAAUAAAUUAAGCAACGACUGGAAAGCACGCGAUUUCGAUUUCUCUGGUGUGUUCAUCCUCCGCGAAGAAAUCCACACUCGCCCCGGUGUCUAGACUUGGGCGGCUAAGGCACAACAACAACAUUUGAGCAGCACACCAGAGCCAUUGAUUGCAUCCUAGCCUCUACAAAACCUCAGAAAGCAAACCGCCAGCCGCCAAGAUGAAUGUCGAAAUCACCCCCAACUACUCGUACAUCUUCGAUUUCGAGAACGAGUUCAUCCAUCAGGACACCCGCGUCUGGAUGGUCAAGAACUGGCACUAUGUGUUCUACUACUGCGGCAUCUACAUGGCCGUCAUCUUCGGGGGACAGCAUCUCAUGCAAAACCGGCCCAGAUUCGAGCUGCGAGGGCUGCUAGCGAUAUGGAACUCACUACUAGCGAUGUUUAGUAUAAUGGGCGCCUGCCGGACAGCACCCGAACUUUUCCACGUACUAAGGCACUACGGAUUGUUCCACUCUUGUUGUGUUCCUAGUUUCAUCGAACACGACCGCGUGAGUGGCUUCUGGACCUGGUUGUUCGUUCUCUCGAAGCUUCCGGAACUGGGCGACACGGUAUUCAUCGUGCUCCGCAAGCAGCCGCUCAUCUUCCUGCACUGGUACCACCACAUCACUGUCCUGAUAUACUCGUGGUUCUCGUACACGGAAUACACCGCCUCGGCCCGCUGGUUCGUGGUGAUGAACUACUGCGUGCACUCGGUCAUGUACACCUACUAUGCGCUGCGUGCCCUCAACUACAAGCCCCCCCGCUCGAUUGCCAUGAUCAUCACGGCAUCCCAGCUGACCCAGAUGGUCGUCGGAUGUGCGAUCAACGUUUGGGCCCACGGAUUCCUGCAGACUGCCGGCAAGGGAAGCUGUCACAUCUCGGAGCUCAACAUCAAACUGUCGAUUGCCAUGUACUUCAGCUACUUCGUGCUGUUUGCUCGCUUCUUCUACAAGACCUACCUCUCCACCGAUGCCCGCAAAGGCAAGCGUCCGGCCCAGGUUACCGCGUCGUCCACCGGUGGUUCGGUCGAAUACAGCAGCAGUAUCAGCAGUAAACAUGGCACCGGUGCCAUCAGUGCCAAAUUGCUGGCAUCGAAGGCACCAUCCGAAGCACAAUACAGCAAGAUGAAGGCACAGUAAAAACUAAAACAAGAGCUGUUUCCAUCAUCUAAAGAGACUUGUGGCAUCGCCAUCGCAAUCCAUCCCAUGAUGCUCACAUGAAAAACACACACACAAAAUCACACACACCCUCACACCAGGCAAAUAUUAAACAUACCGAAUUGUGCUAGCAUGAAACACAGAGAACAACCUACCGGAAAGCCGGGCAGAACGGCGAAUUCGUUUUUCCGUGUACUUUUUUCCGUUGACACGCGCAAUUCCUCAACUGCAUCAACAGAGUCCUCUUCUGAGCCCUCGUGUCCAAAGACGGAAGCUGUAAAUUAGGAUCGCGAUCGCGAAUCAUCCCCAUAGCAGCCGGAAGAAUCCACCAAUUUGGAGCUCAAACAACGGGAAAUCCACCUGAGAUAGCAGUUAGCCAAAAUAGUUACAUUCCGAUUUGAUUGUGUACAGCACACAGCAAAAGUACUAGAACCGACUGGGAUAUCGGUGUUACCGAUAAGACGCAAUGAGUCGAAGCGGAAAACCUUCCACCGGGCUGUGUUGUUUCUCGCUUCAUUUUUAGGCUUUCUUUCCAUCAAAGAAUAGAUUGCUAAUCGUAUAUAAGUAUGUUAAUAUUCAGGUGAAACAUAUAGUCAGGAAACGAUUAGAUUUACUCCCCUUCUUAGUGUUGAUAAAUCUAUGAGAACGGGUUAGUUUUUGUUUUUGCUCUAGUUCCCGCGGUCUACCGCCGCCCUCCAAGAAUAUAAGAUAUGACCGACGACGUGACUCAUGGUUAGGAGAUUUUUGUGGGUGCUAGGAAAUACAUUGUAGAUUAACCUUCGGCGAGGGCAACGAGGCAACUGGACGACAGACGCGAAGGAAGUGUUUAUUAUUUAUUGACUUUUGUGUAUGAUGGGUGGCGGAAGAAGCAGCAGAGCUAGAGCGAAAAGCGUGUGUGUAAUAGUUAUACAUAUUUUUGUGGGGUUUUGUAAUCGACUAAAAGUUUGGCACAUUGUGCCAUUAGGAACCUAUCCAUUCUAUUGUUUCUAUACUAACGUUCGCGUGGGUUUUGCGCAUUGUUCAUUCGUAGAAGGUACUUUGUUUAUCUUUAUGACUAAGAUAACCAACGAGCAAGAAAAAGUAAAGUGUGUGAUAAUGUAAAAAAUCAUACAAGAACUAACAGCGAAAUCGAUUUUUACAAUUGUGUCUGAUCGUUCGCAGAAAAAAAAACUAUAAAAUUUCAUCCAUGAUUCCUCUUUUUCCCUCAUGAACCAUUAAAAAUUAACCACUCCGAUUUGGCAGAUUAGGCAAAACACUUCAACAGUAAUAUCUCUGGAAAAAAUUGAAUAUUUUCGCUACUGGCACAAUGAUUUCAGUUGUAUACAAACCGUAAAACAAUUUCAUUUAGUUUUUCAAACGCGAUUGAAAGAUGGCUUUCAAUUAAAUUUCGAAUUGUUAUUUGAAAUACUCACACAAUUAAAAACAUUUAUAAUUUAGUGAACAAAUGGUUCAGAUAAAAAAAUAAUAUUUUGAGAAAAGUCAUUGCUGUCAGUCAGUCCUACAUAAAAUGGUUAGAAAUAUUGUUGAUUCAGGAAUAAACAUUAGAAUGAAAUAUUCAGAGGGUUAGGUCUCUUUUCAUCUUUGUUUCUGUUGUUUCCCAACUUCUCAACGCCAAGCACUCUUAAGCUAUAUAUUUUGAUUUGAUAUCUCGAAGUUAAGCUCAAAAAUCACAACUGACUCAAACCUAAAUGUUAUGAGUUUUCUUUAUUCCAAUGUACAUAAAAUGAGAUUUAAGCUUAAAUCAAAGGCGAUUUUCUAAAAACCAGGAAAUAUCCCGUCCUGAAAAAAACCUGAAAAAUAUAUUGUGAAAACAUUUGAGAAAACACACUUGAAAAACCAUCAACAGCUUCAUAACAAGCUGUUGAAACUCAGUUCCAAGGAUAAUUUUUUUUUUUCUGAUGUCCCUUAAAACAAAAUUUGUAAAUAUUCCCACCAGUGUUACUGCGCAUAUACCGUAAGCUGCAGUCUUGUGUUCGGAAAAUCCUGCCUCAUGCUUUAAGUCGCUCGCGUAUGCCUUCACAUUGCAAUAUAACUUGAAAGUUGUUCAAAUCAUUUCCAAAAACAAAAGUUAAAAAAGAAACAAAAUGUGUAAAAAUUUGUCAAAAUGCUACUUUUUUUGAAAAGUUCAACUUUCUCACCAGCACGAGCAGAAUUUUGUGCGCUUUGAAACAUGACAACUAAAAUAAUCCAAAGUUGGUCACAGGAUUGGUCUUUUUGAAAGCUGGCUUUUGGGGUGUUGAACUUGCAUCAGAAAACAACAGAAGCUCCAAAUCAUAUUCACACUCACACAAGACACAAGAUUAUAGAAAAAAUACAAACAAACAUUCAUUCACAACAAGCGCUAGAUUAUAUUUAUUGAAGCAAAUCUAAAUCUAAAAAGAGGUGGUUAAUUUUCCUUCGCUACAUUUGUAACUAUUACAUUGAAAAGCAAAAAGCUAAAAAAAUGAAAAAAAUUAACAUAACAAUAAAAAAAAUUUACGCUAGAAAACAAAGAACAUGUUAACAAAACAAACAAAAAACCACUGUUCGCAAAGAAAAAAACUAGCAAUGAUAUAACAUACCAAUCUUAUAGUCCGUAAAACAUUGAAAUGAAAUAUACAAUUGAAAUAGAAGAAACAGAAAAAAACCAUUACAACUAGUGCAAAAAAAAACAAAACAAAAUAACUGAAGUGAACAAAAUGCAGUCUAAAAGUGGAAACACUAAACAGAGAAGGAUGAAAGAAGGAAAAAAACAAGAAAUCACAAUUGCAUUGUUUGUCUUUUUCUUUAGAGAGUAAACAAAAUGAAAAAAAAAAACAAUGAAACGCAUGAACAAAACACAAUGCUAGCGAGAAAAAAAAACAAAUAUAAAUUUACUGA